AGAGUAUUAUAAGGAAUUGUCUAGAUUCAUGUUAAAUACUGUGGAGCUCAGUACAAUCACAAAUGAGUUAUGUGAAAGUACAACUUUAUAAUGAGUAUAAUUAACAAAGUCUCCCGCCAGAAGAACGAACAUUUGACCUACUGGCGCGUUUGUCACGUGAUUAUUCUGUGAGCUGAUUGGUUCGUUCAGUGGCCCUGAUCAAGCGUUUACAGAAACCUCCGCGGCGGGACAUUCGUAAUCUUUUCAGCCUCUCGAAAGAGUGCAGAGUUAUUUUUCAUAAUUAUUAGAAAUAUUGUGAAACAGAAGGUUAACGUAAUGGAGUGUUUGAAUGUUCCAAGAAUCCUGCCAAAUUCCCCACGGAAAGCUGUAGGACAGAUCCAGGUCAUCUUUGGCCCAAUGUUCUCAGGCAAAAGCACCGAGUUGAUAAGGCGAGUGCGUCGUUUCCAGAUCGCUCAGUACAACUGUUUGGUGGUCAAAUAUGCCAAAGAUACACGCUACUCUGAGAAGGGCAUGGCCACGCACGACAAAAACACAAUGGAAGCUGUACCAGCCAACUGCCUGAGCGACGUGCGUUCUCUAGCUCUGCAGGCGUGCGUCAUCGGAAUCGACGAAGGGCAGUUUUUCCCAGACAUAGUGCAGUUCUGUGAGGAGAUGGCCAACAUGGGGAAGACUAUAAUCGUAGCGGCCCUGGACGGAACCUUCCAGAGAAAGCCCUUUGGAGACAUCCUGAACCUGGUUCCCCUGGCUGAGAGCGUUGUGAAGCUGAACGCUGUCUGUAUGCAGUGUUACAAGGAGGCAGCAUACACCAAGAGACUGGGGGCAGAGAAAGAGGUGGAGGUGAUUGGUGGAGCCGAUAUGUACCAUGCGCGGUGCAGGAAGUGUUACGGUGGCCUGAUGGAUGUGUUGAAGGAGAAUAGCGCCCCCCACAGGGAUGAGACGCCACCGCAUGUGAUGACAGGGAAACUGCUUGACAACACUACAUCGCCACGGAAACUCUUCGCCACCCUGCAACUCUGAUCAUUACCAGUAGACUAUUCUUAAAGGGAUAGUUCACACAUGACUUUAAAGGGGAAGUUGACUUGAAUUGGAACUUUGAAUGAGAUGGUGAACAAUCCCUUUGAAUUUUAGGUUUGGUAAUUUGACUGGAGAUUAGUUAAUUUUCUAAUUGGGAGUAAUGAACUAUCCCUUUUAAGUUUUGCACUUGGAAUGAGCUUGGACAAUAAAUUAAGCUCCAUCAACCCGCUGAA